GGGAUACAAUUUCAACUGCGCCUGCGCAAAGCCACGUAAGAAUUGACAGCUGGAAAUAUGUCUGCGCCCUAAGAGAUGAUAAUUCCUAAACAAUUUCAUUUGCAAAGACGAAAACAGACGACCAGCACUGAGAAUGGUUGUGGUAGACGUCGGUUCCAUGGUUUUCCGCUUGAGAGGGGGUUUGGAGCUCACGUGUCAGCUGGACAGCGCUGAUGGGCCAAGUGUACAGCAAACUCUGUCAGGCGCAUUUAAGCGUCUCUGCGCCAAAGUUCGGUCUGAGAGCCUGGUGUUCUGCAUUCGGAACAGCCCCCUUUUAAUUUGGCCCAACAAAGGGGUCCACAUAAUUCCAGAUGACGUGAAAGAAAGCACCCCCUGCAAAGAUAUACAACAACACAUUCAGGCAGAGGAAAAUGACAGUGGCAAAAAAUCAUCUAAAAAGAAAGACAGGAAGAGUGCCACCACAUGUGUGAUCAACCUGGACCUGAUGAUGGAGGUAACUGAGCCCAGUCGCCUGUCAGCCACCGUUCUCACCAGAAGAAAUCAGAAGCAGCACUUUGUGCGCAUGACGCUGCCCAUGGACUGCGUCGCGUCUGUUCAAAUGGAGGAGACUAUCGGAGUUGUCUCUGGGCUCCUGGUGGGGGCGCUGUGUGAUCAGCUGGCAGACAUGGAGAGGAUGGUCCUGCAGCACAUGAAGGGGACGGCCCUGCUCCUGCCACAGCCCUUGCACUUCCUGCUGCCGGAGCCUGCUGGCCUGGUCACUGUGGUGUACCCCGCUGGGGUACCAGACAGCCGACUGGAGCUCAACAGGAAGGAACUGCACAGCAGGUUUGAGCUGCCAGAUGACAGACCCUGCUUCAGGAGGGCCAACGCCUUCCAUUUUCCAGACGAGCCCUACAAAGAUGGCUACCUCAGAAAUCCCCACACUGCCCUCAAUCUCCCCAACAUGGAGAGUGCCAAGCCGUACGUGGUACAGGGGGUGUACAGCUACCACCACUACAUGCAGGACCACAUGGACGACAAUGGCUGGGGCUGUGCAUACCGAUCCCUGCAGACCAUCUGCUCCUGGUUCCAGCAACAGGGAUAUGUCGAUCGGGAUGUGCCCUCCCAUAAAGAGAUCCAGCAGGCCCUGGUGGAUGUUGGGGACAAACCCGCCCCCUUCGUGGGGUCACGCCAGUGGAUCGGUUCCAUCGAAGUUCAGGCCGUGCUCGACAAGCUUCUGGGCGUCACGUCAAAGAUUCUGUUUGUGAGUCAAGGGUCAGACCUGGCAUCCAAAGGGAGGGAACUGGCCACCCACUUCCAGACAGAAGGCACGCCCGUAAUGAUCGGAGGGGGCGUCCUGGCGCACACCAUCCUGGGAGUGCUGUGGAGUGAGACUACAGGGCAGAUCAAGUUCCUUAUCCUGGAUCCACACUACACUGGGGGAGAGGACCUACAGGUCAUCACAGACAAGGGCUGGUGCGGAUGGAAAGGCCCUGAGUUCUGGGAUCAGAAUGCCUACUAUAACAUGUGCCUGCCCCAGAGACCAAAGACCAUAUAACCAGUUGCUGUCUGCUCAUUGUAAUUCAACUAUUAAGGGUACUAAUUUAAUGUCACUUGCAAACUUGUAAAUAAAUGUGAAAGAUUCAGAAAAUAAAGUCACAACGCUUAUAAAAA